GUUUGCGCGCGGCUGGCGCGGGCGCGGGCGCGGAGCCGGCGCCGACCUGAGCGCGCGGAGGGCAGCGAGGAGCCGGGGCCGGAGCCGGGGCCCGAGCGGCACACGACCCUGCUGCUCUGACCGGAAGUCCCCAGAGGAGCGUGCGUGCCCACAAGGACCCCUCUGCCCCAGCUGUGUAGCCCCAGCCAGAUGUGGGGGGUGGCCGCUCAGAGGCAUGCCCCCCACCCGGCCACACUGUCCCCAGCUCCUGCUGCUGCUGCUAGCCUGCCAGCCUUGGGCCCCUUCUGCCCAGGUGAUGGACUUCCUGUUCGAGAAGUGGAAGCUGUACGGGGACCAGUGUCUCUACAACCUGAGCCUGCUGCCCCCCCCCACUGAGCUAGUCUGUAAUAGAACCUUCGACAAGUACUCCUGUUGGCCGGACACCCCUCCCAACACCACGGCCAACAUGUCCUGCCCCUGGUACUUGCCCUGGCACCACAAAGUGCAGCAGCGCCUUGUCUUCAAGAAGUGUGGGCCUGAUGGGCAGUGGGUGCGCGGGCCCCGGGGGCAGGCGUGGCGCGACGCUUCUCAGUGCCAGAUGGACGAGAAGGAGAUCGAGGUCCAGAAGGAGGUGGCCAAGAUGUACAGCAGCUUCCAGGUGAUGUACACAGUGGGGUACUCUCUGUCCCUGGGGGCCCUGCUCCUGGCCCUCGCUAUCCUGCUCGGCCUCAGCAAACUGCACUGCACGCGGAACUACAUCCACGUGAACCUGUUUGCGUCCUUCGUGCUCAAGGCCAGCUCCGUGCUGGUCAUCGACACGCUGCUCAGGACGCGCUACAGCCAGAAGAUCGGUGACGACCUCAGCGUGAGCGUCUGGAUGAGUGACGGGGCCGUGGCCGGCUGCCGGGUGGCCGCCGUGUUCAUGCAGUACGGCGUCGUGGCCAACUACUGCUGGCUGCUGGUGGAGGGCGUGUACCUGCACGGCCUGCUGGGCCUCGCCGCCUUCCCAGAGAGGAGCUUCCUCGCCCUCUACUUGGGCAUCGGCUGGGGCGCCCCCAUGCUCUUUGUCAUCCCCUGGGCCGUGGUCAAGUGUCUGUUUGAGAACAUCCAGUGCUGGACCAGCAAUGACAACAUGGGUUUCUGGUGGAUCCUGCGCUUCCCUGUCUUCCUGGCGAUCCUGAUCAACUUCUUCAUCUUCAUCCGCAUCCUUCUCAUCCUCAUGGCCAAGCUGCAAGCCCGCCAGAUGCGCUACACCGACUACAAGUUCCGGCUGGCGAAGUCCACACUGACCCUCAUCCCCCUGCUGGGAGUCCAUGAAGUGGUGUUUGCCUUCGUGACGGACGAGCAUGCCCAGGGGACCCUGCGCUCUGCCAAGCUCUUCUUUGACCUCUUCCUCAGCUCCUUCCAGGGCCUGCUGGUCGCUGUUCUCUACUGUUUCCUCAAUAAGGAGGUGCAGUCGGAGCUGCGGCGGUGCUGGCAUCGCUGGCGCGCGGGUACCUCGCUGCGGGAGCAGCGCCACGUCAGCAGGCCCGCGGCCUCAGCCCGGCCCCCCGGCGGCCCCCCCAGCGAGCAGCCGCUGCUGUCCGGGGGCGGCGGCGGCAGCAACGGGGCCGGCCGGGGCCCCUCUGCAGACCCCAGCCUGCUCGGCAGCCUCCCCGCGUUGGCCGAGAGCCCCUUCUAAAGCCCGGGGAGCCCCUGGGAGCCCCGGCUGGGGCUGGACAAAGGUACUGAGAGAGGGUGCUGCUGGACAACCCAGAACCUGAUGCCCGACGGAGGCUGGAGGGGCACCACGGGGGCUUCCCCGUCCACCUGUCCACACGGUGCGGAGGUCUGGGGGACGGCGGCUCUGUGCUACUCCGGACGGGGUGCGGCGAGCAGCUGUUCGGCGAACGCAUGUGGCGGGCCCCCGGUUAAGGACAGGUGUAUUCUCCGACAAUAAAGAGUUUGAGCAGUGCCUGCCUUGCACACCCUGGAGAGCUGAGCUGAAGGAGAGGCACAGGCUGGGCCCAGCGCUGCUCCCGCUGGGAGCCCCCACUUUACAGAUGAAUCGGGGCCAGAGCCCCGCAGAGGGUCGGACAGCAUGCG